AUGGCAACAAACAACGUAUCUCACCCGCCCAACCUUCGCACGCCCACCACCUUCGUCACAACUCACGAUGUCCAGGGCGUCUCGAUAGUCCACACGGCUUCGCCGGCGACAUUCCAGGAUAUCGGUCCCGAGACCCGCUUUAACGUCAUUUAUACCACGUCCGAGAUGCCAGUAAAUAUGAACGGCGACCAGGACAUCUCGGUCCACCAAUCCGUCAUGUCCUCGGGAAAGUUGGGCCUCGUCCGACCCCACGGCACCGUGUGCCGUAUGGUCGACUUCGCACCGGGCAGCGAGGGUAUCAUGCACCGCACCAAGUCCCUCGAUUACGGUGUCGUUGUCGAGGGAGAAGUCAACAUGCUUUUAGACUCCGGUGAGGUGCAGUUGAUGAAACGCGGCGACGUGGCGGUGCAGAGGGGCACAAUGCACGCGUGGAAAAACCCGAGCAAGACUGAGUGGGCAAGAAUGGUGUUUGUGUUGCAGGAUUCUCAGGCGCUCAACCUUGGAGACGACGUUUUGGGAGAGGAUUUGGGGCACGGUAAGGGUGACAUUCCCGCGAGUGGGAAUGAAUGA